UACUACUAAGUGUAAGUCUUAUAUAAACACCUCAACAACACUCUAUUUCAAGAGCUUAUCAGUUCUGACCACAAGUUUUCUUGGGUCCACAGUGAAAAUGUGAAUGAAAGGAAGCCAGGACAAUAUUUCAGGAUUCUAGAAAAAGAGUACCAAUUGAUACUUAAUUCUUUAUUUUCUUUCCAAAGAUGUUUCAGAUAUAAAUCUGGGUCCCCAUCUGUCUUCACACUGUUAUUCAGUAUUUGUUGGUCUUUUACAGCUCACAGACAUGAAAAUCUUCAACACCCCCAACAACUCAAGCACCAUCACUGGCUUCAUCCUCUUGGGCUUCCCCUGCCCCAGGGAGGGUCAGAUCUUCCUCUUUGUGCUCUUCUCUAUUGUCUACCUCCUGACCCUCAUGGGGAAUGGUUGCAUCAUCUGUGCUGUGUGCUGGGAUCAAAGACUCCACACUGCCAUGUACAUUCUUCUUGUCAACUUCUCCUUCCUCGAGAUCUGCUAUGUCACCGCCACUGUCCCCAACAUGUUGGCCAACUUCCUCUCUGAGACCAAAGUCAUCUCCUUCUCUGGGUGCUUUCUCCAAUUCUACGUUUUCUUCUCUCUGGGUUCUAUAGAAUGCUUAUUCUUGGCGGUUAUGGCGUUUGAUCGAUACCUUGCAAUCUGCCAGCCUCUAUGUUAUCCAACCAUUAUGACUGGAUGUCUCUGCACCAAAUUUGUGAUCAGUUGCUGGGUAUUUGGUUUCCUGUGGUUCCUGGUUCCUAUUAUCAUCAUCUCCCAGAUGUCCUUCUGUGGAUCCAGAAUAAUUGACCACUUCCUAUGUGACCCAGGUCCUCUUCUAGCACUCACUUGCAAAAGAGCUCCUGUGAUGGAGGUUGUCUUCUCCACCUUAAGUCCUCUUCCCCUCAUUGUUCUCUUUCUCUUCAUCAUGGGGUCCUACACUCUGGUCCUAAGAGCAGUACUAAGGGUCCCCUCAGCAGCUGGACAAAGAAAAGCCUCUUCCACCUGUGGGUCUCAUCUGGCUGUGGUUUCACUUUUCUGUGGCUCAGUACUGGUCAUGUAUGGGACUCCAACAUCUCAGCAUAAAAACAGAAUGCACAAAAUUGUGACCCUGUUUUACUCUGUUGUGACCCCUCUCCUUAAUCCUGUGAUAUACAGUCUCAGGAACAAAGAUAUGAAAAGAGCCCUGCAGAAAUUUCUGAGAAUAUAAAGAAGGGUGCUAAUCAAAAAGGCUCUUGAGCAAUAUUAAACUCAUAUGUAACCUCUUUUUCAGAUUAAAAAAAGAAAAACAGAUGUCAUUCAUAUACUUGUUCAUCCUAGUAUUCAUCCAAAACUUUAACCACCGGUAAGCCU